AUGGAUAAUUAUACAUGUAUUAAUGAUACCACUAUUCAACAAUUAAAAAAUCAAAUUUUAGUAACAGAUAAUAGUAUAGGAAAUAACUUUUUAUUAAGUUUAUCAGAGAACGAUAGUAGUCAAAUUAUUAAAUCAGUAGGUUGGACAAAAGUUUUAUCAAUUGGAAAUCUACUAAAACAAACUACAUUAAACAAACCAAAUGAAGUGAAAUCAAUAAAAUUAUAUAUAGUAUCUUCUUCUACUUCUACUUCUCCUAUUAACAUAAAUAAUAAUAAUAAUAAUAAUAAUAAUAAUAAUAAUAAUAAUAAUAAUAAUAAUAAUAAUAAUAAUAAUAAUAAUAAUAAUAAUAAUAAUAAUAAUAAUAAUAAUAAUAGUAAUAGUAAUAGUAAUGUAAUAAAUAGAUUUAAUCAAUUCAAUUCACCAUCGCCACCAUCACCAUCUAAAGUAAAUUCAACCAAUAGUAUUGAAAAUAAAUCUACCAAUACUACUAAAUCAAUAAUUGAAAAUUUUAAUAUAAAUCUAACAUUAAAUUCACCAAAUUCAAAUGGUAUAAUCAGUAAUAACACCUCCACUUCAACUUCCACCUCUAUCAGUCACAGAAAUAAAAACCACCCUUUAAGAAAAUCAAAAUCUGAUCUCGAUCAAUAUUGGAAAUUAGCACAAAUACAAGAAAAUAAUAAUAAUAAUAAUAAUAAUAGUAAUAAUAGCAAUGAUAGUAACACUAAUGUAAAUAAUAAUAACAUUAACAAUAUCAUUAAUAAUAGUAAUAAUAGUAAUAAUAGUAAUGGUAGUAAUAGUAAUAGUAAUAGUAAUAAUACUAUUAAAAAUAAUAAUAAUAAUAGUAGUAAUAAUAAUAAUAAUAAAAGUAAUAAUAAUAAUAAUAAUAAUAAUAAUAAUAAUAAUAAUAAUAAUAAUAAUAAUAAUAAUAAUAAUAAUAAUAAUAAUAAUAAUAAUAAUAAUAAUAAUAAUUAUUAUAAAAAUAAUAUGAUAGCACCCAAUAUGCCAGGUCAGUUGAUUUAUCAACCUACAGCGAGGAAUACAGAGAUUAAAUCAACAUUAACUUAUCAACAAACUAAAUCACCACCAAAAAUAUCAAUAUCACCACCAUUACAAUAUCAACAACCACAACCACAAUAUCAACCACCACCGCCAUUACAAUAUCAACAACCCUUUAAUGUAGUCUCAACCACUACCACCAAUACUACUACCACCACCACCACAUCACAAGCAACGGCAACAACAACAACAAAUAAACCACUUAAUCAAAUAAAUUUAGAUGUAUUAGAUCAAAUGUUGGGACAAAUUCCUCAACAAAAUAGAGAACAACAAAAGAAAAGAUCCACAAGUUUCUCUUCUCAUUUUCCUUCAACAUUUUUUGGUAUUAGUAGCAGUAGUAAUACAUCAUCACAAUCAUCAUCAUCAUCACAAUCAUCAAAGCAUUCAUCACAAAAUGAUUAUUAUCUAUCAUCAAAUGAUAUUGAUAAUAUAAAUUAUGGUAGACAAAGAAAUGGUUCAAUUUCAUCAACUACCUCAACAUCAACAAAUAUUAUUGGUAAAAAAAUAUUUGCAUCAUUAACAGAUACACCUAUAAUCUAUUCAGGUGAACUUUAUAAAAAGAAUAGAAAUUUAAAUAUUGGUUGGAAGAAAAGAUUUUUCAUAUUAACCGCAACAAGUUUAAUUCAAUCAAAUUCGUCAAGUGAGCAACCGAAAUCUGAAAUCAUAUUAUCCAAUUACAUUUUAAAUAUUACAAGUGAUUCAAGUGCAAAAUUUUGUAUUCAAUUAACACCAAAUACAACUACUACUACUCAACCACCCAAUUUAUUAUCAUAUUUAUUUAGUGUUGACACUUUUGAACAACAUAGAGAAUGGAUAACAGCUUUCAAUAACUCAUUUAGGUGUCUAGAUUAUUCUAAACCAAUUGAUAUUUCCAAUUGUUCACAAUUAAUAACAAUGUCAUCAUCACAAUCGAAUAAACAAUUUCAAUCGUCAUUGGAAAUUGAUUACCAAAAGAAAUUACCAUCUACAUUUAGAGUAUCUUAUCAAAAUGAUGAAAUCAAUUAUUUUAGAUUUAAAAUGUCACGUUUAUUAAAAGAAAUUCAACCAUUCAUUUUUAAAUCUUUUAAUUUAUUAUCAGUUGAUUUAAUUAAUUCAAAUUAUUCUUUAAUAAAUCAAUCAAUUCAAAUUGAUAAUCAAAAUAAUAAUAAUAACAAUAAUAAUCAAAAUAAAAGAAAAGCAAUAAUUAUUAAUAAUAAUGAUAUUAAUAAUAAUAAUAAUAAUAAUAAUAAUAAUAAUAAUAAUAAUAAUAAUAAUAAUAAUAAUAAUAAUAAUAAUAAUAAUAAUAAUAAUAAUAAUAAUAAUAAUAAUAAUAAUAAUAAUAAUAAUAAUAUUAAAAUUUUAAAUAUUAAAGUAACACCAACUAUAAAUCCUACAAAUAAGGCAGCAACAACAACAACAACAACAACAACAUCAUCAAUAUCAGUAAAGGAUAAUUCAAAUAUUGGUGGAAUAUUAUCAAUUAAUAAUUUUAAUGAAAAAUUUUUAAAAGUUAUAAUUUAUCAUAAUGGAUUAGUUAUAAAAUAUAUGGUUAGUAUUGAAUCAACAUUUGAAAUGAUAUUGAAUGAAAGAGUUGAUUUAUUUGGUGAGAAUGUGUCAAAUAGAUUUGGAUUAAAGAUAUUGGGUUCAAUGGAACAUAUUUUCAAUUUAAAGAUAAAGUUAAAGGAUACAGUGUAUGUUAAUAAAUCUGUUAGGUUUAGAAAGAAAUUCAAAUUGAAAACUGUUGAUAUCUCACUUCAAAAGUAUUGCUUCAUACCAAAUGUAAUGAACUCAUUAGAGUGGAGACAGUUUCAAGAGAAGAUCAAUUACCAAUACGAUAUCAAACCAUCCAAUAACUCAAAUAGUAGUCAAAGUGUGCAUUUAAUUGAUUUGACAUCUGUUUCAAUGCCCGUAUCGUUGCCAAAGUCUUUGACAGAGUCUAAACUAAUCAUUGAGAUUAAAUCUGUGGAAAAUAUAGUACCAAUACUUAAACGUUAUUAUCCAACGAGUUAUACUAAAGUACCAGUUUAUGUUGAAAUUCAAAUUUAUUAUGGUGAUUUAUUAUUAACAAAGAAUAAAACUUCUUCAAAAGUUAAUAUAUUAGAAUGGAAUGAAAAAUUAUAUUUUGAUAUAAAUUUAAUUGAUUUUCCAAAAGAGUGUACAUUUUUAACAAGUAUUUAUUCAAAUGAAUCAUCUUCAACAAUAAUACCAACUUUAAAUCCUGGUCAAUCAUCUUCUACAUCAACAACAACGACAAAUUCUUCUUCCUCUUCUGCUACUACCAAUACUACUUCAUCAUCAUCAACUAUUUCAUCAACUACUUCACCAUUAUUAAUGCCACUGGAUAUACUUUUAGCUCAAUAUCCAUUUCAAAUUCAAUCAAUUGAAAAGAAAAAAAUAUUAAAAAAUAAUUUUGAAAUUAAUCUUUUACCAAUUUUUGAACAACAACAACCAAUUUAUAUACAACAACAACAACAACAACUACAACAACAACAACAACUACAACAAGAAAAUCAACAACAGAACCAACAUCAAAGUCGUGGUACAUUACCAAAUCAUUCAUCAUCAGUUAAUUUUAUAUCAAAUGAAAAUAUAAUUUUAAAAUGUACAAUACCAAAUAUAACAAAUUCAAUUUAUUUUAAAGAAGAUUCAAAUCAAAAUUCACCAUCAUUAUUAUCAUCAAAUUCUUCUUCUUCUUCUUCUUCUACUACUACCACUACUUUUAGUUCAAAUAAAAAUUUAUCACUAUUAUCAUCAUCACCAUCAUCAUCAAUAAAUUCAUUUAGAAAACAAUCAUUUUCAACAUCAUUAUCAAAUGAUAAAUUAAAUAGUUUAAUUGAAAAUUUAAUGAAAUUUGAAAGAUCAAAUAUUAAUGAAAGUGAUAGAUCUAUACUCUGGGAGAAUAGAGAAUAUUGUAAAAUUAAUUAUCCAAAUAUAUUACCAACAUUGUUAUAUAAUUAUUCGAUUCUAUCAUGGAGUAGUAGAGUUGAACUUUAUAGGUUAUUAAAAGAUUGGCCAAUGAUCUCACCAUCGUUUGGUUUAGAAUUAUUGUCAAGUGAUUUCAUUGAUGAUAGAAUUAGAGAGAUUGGUGUUCAAUCGAUUAAUCAAUGGCCUGAUAAUCAAUUAUCACUCUAUUUACCUCAAAUAGUAUCAAUGUUAAAAUAUGAACCAACCAAUUACUCUGCUUUGGUUAAUUUCAUUGUUAAACGUUCAAUUUGUAAUCCUAUAAAAAUUGGUCAACCUGUAUUUUGGUUAUGUUCAAAUGAAAUUUCACCACUUGAAAAUAAAAAUCAUAUAAUAAUUCGUUAUAAAUUAGUAAUGGAAAUUAUAUUAGAAGGUUUAGGUAUUGGUGUUAUAAAUUCAACAACAACAACAACAAAUAAUGAACAACAACAACAACAACAACAACAACAACAACAACAACAACAACAACAACAACAAAAUUCAAAUAAAUUUGGACAAUCAUUAGUAUCACAAUAUUUAUUAUUAAGAUUAUUAAAAGAAAUUAAUAUUGAUAUUAUAAAGGAACCAGAGAAACAAAAACAAAUCUUUGAAACUAGAUUAUCAUUAUUACCAAAAGUAUUUACAUUACCAACUCAUCCAUAUCAAGAAUUUAAUAGUUUUGUAUUGGAGGAAUUAAAAGUUAAAGAUAGUAAUGCCGCUCCAUUGUGGUUAGUAUUCUCUUCGAUUGAUAAGGAAGCUGAUGAUACAAAAAUCAUAUUUAAAAAGGAUGAUGUACGUCCUGAUGAACUUUGUCUUCAACUAUUCUCAUUAAUGGAUAGUAUAUUGAAAUCAAAUGGACUAGAUUGUGAAUUUACAAUAUUCAAAUGUUUAUCAGCAAAAAGUGGUUUAGGUCUAAUUGAAGUGGUGCCCGAUUCGGUGACAUUGGCAGACUUCAUGAGAGAUACCACAAAGUAUCCCUCGAUUGAACAAUGGUUGAAAUUAAAGAAUCCUCCAAAUUCAACUCAACAUAUUGAUAUUUUCAUAAAGUCUUGUUCGGUUUAUUGUGUCGCAACUUAUCUAUUGGGUAUCUAUGAUAGACAUAAUGAUAAUUUAAUGGUUAGUGCAACUGGUCAUUUCUUGCAUAUCGACUUUGGUUACUUUUUGGGUAAAGUAACUAAAUUCCUAAUGUUUGAACGUGAAACGGCACCAUUCGUUCUAACAAAGGAUAUUGUGGCUAUGUUAGGUUCAAGAGAAGAAGAAUUCAAAGUUUUAUCUUGUAAAAUUUAUAAUAUCCUUAGAGAUAACUCAAGACAACUCUUAAAUUUAAUUCCAUCUCAACAAGGUAAACAAUUAGUAAGAGAUAGGCUACAAUUAGAUUUAUCAAAUAUUCAAGCUGAAAAAUACUUUUUACAAUUAAUUAAAGAUAGUAAAAAUAAUUUAAGAAGUGAAUUUAAUAAUAAAUUUCAUGUUUUAAUUCAUCCUAAUUAA